UGCUGGGUCCACAGUGUGACAUGGGUCCCUGUACCGCCUCCCAUUGCUCCCACUCUGCCAUGUGCCACUUUGAGGUCUCCUCACACUCCUGCUGGUUUCCAUUUUGUCAUAGGUUGCUGGCAGAUUACAGGCCUCCCAUAGGUGCUGCCAGGCCCCAAAUCUGCCAUGGGCCCCCGUACCGCCUCGUCACGCUGCUGCUGGGUCCACAGUGUGACAUGGGUCCCUGUACGCCUCCCAUUGCUCCCACUCUGCCAUGUGCCACUUUGAGGUCUCCUCACACUCCUGCUGGUUUCCAUUUUGUCAUAGGUUGCUGUAUGGCCUCCCAUUGCUGCUGCCUCCACCGCCACACUGUGGCUCCAAACACUGGUUUUGGCCCCGUGACUGGCCAAAUGAGU